AUGGCUUUGCAUGAUGUUAGAAUUCUUGUUGCAAUAGACUUUGGAACAACUUAUUCUGGUUUUGCGUAUGUCCAUAAGGCAACUCCUGAAAGCGUUACUAUACACUGUUCUUGGCCAGGACAGGAAGGUGAAGGUAGAUUUAAAACACCUACGGCAUUGCAAUAUGAUGAAAAUUAUAGUAAAAUUACGGGUUGGGGAUAUUCGGCAUUGGAAGAAGAACCUGAUGAAGAAUUAGAUGAUCAAGAAGGAAAACGUUCACGCCCCGUGGAAUUAUUUAAAUUGCAUUUAUCGGAAUUACAAGAUCAUGAAAAACCUUGGUUACCCGCCCAAUUGAGUUAUACCAAAACCAUUGAAGAUUAUUUAUCUCAAAUGAGAGGACUAAUCAAAGAAACUCUUGAGAAACGAUGGCCUUCUUUAAAAUUUCCUCAACAAGUUGAUCUUGUAUUUACAAUUCCUGCUGAGUGGCCUCCAAAUACAACCAGAAUUAUGAGGGAAUGUGCAUAUAACGCAGGAUUGUUGACUUCCCUAAAUUCAAAGAAUAUCGAAUUUACUACUGAACCCGAAGCUGCAGCACUUCACUGCCUUACUGUCGUUAAGGAACAUAAUUUAAAACCUGGAGAUACUUUCUUAGUAGCCGACUGUGGUGGUGGUACAGUAGAUUUAACAUCACGAAAACUUCUUCCAGAAAAUAAAUUGAGUGAAAUUACUGAACGAAUUGGUGAACUAUGUGGUAGCACAUUCGUUGAUAAAGAAUUUUUACAAUGGCUUGGAAGAAAAGUAGGAUUUCCAGCUUUAGAAAAAUUAAAAUCAAAUAACUACGGGCAAAUGCAAUACUUAGUACAAAGAUUUUUUUGUCAACAAUUUGUUGAAGAGGAGUACAAACAACAAAUGGAAAAAGAUUCAUGGAUUAUAAAAGUCAACUUUGAUGAUGUUAAAGAUAUGUUUGAUCCUGCCGUUUAUCGAAUUAUAAAAUUAAUCGGUGAUCAAAUAAAUUCCUCGCGUGAAAAAUGUUCAGCAAUAUUUUUGGUGGGGGGAUUCAGUGAAUCCUCCUAUUUGCUACGUAAGAUUAAAGAUAAAUUCAGUACACAAGUUUCCAUUAUUGCUGUACCAAAUUUACCCAUAUCAGCAAUAGUUCGAGGUGGCAUCGCGUAUGGUCUCAAUGUCUGUACUAUUCAAGAUAGAACGUUGAAGUGGACAUAUGGAGUUGAGGUUAAUCGUCAAUGGAUUUCUGGUAAGGAUAAAAAAAACAGAAGAACAGAAGAUGGAUACAUACUUUAUUUCCAUAAAUUGGCGCAACGUGGUGCAAAGGCUAAUGUUGAUCAAAAAUUUGUGGGAGAAUUUUAUCCUUCAAGACCAGAUCAAGAAAUUUUAACCUUUAGCAUUUAUUUUACUAAAAGAUACGAUGCAAAAUUUUGUGAUGAUCCAGGAAUGAAAUUAUUAGGAAUCCUAAAAAUUAAAACAGAUGAUACUCAUUUGGGUUUAAAUCGUCCUAUUGAAUUUGCUCUUACCUUUGGUAAAAUGGAAAUCAAAGCCACUGCCAAAAAUAAAAAGAAUGGUAAAAUUUAUCAGGAAUCUAAUUUUGAAUUGAACAUUUGA